GGGCGCAGGAAACCAGCUGCUUUCGUGGACGUGUCUGACACCCGCUCUCAGGACGGGACGCGUGUCACUCCUGCCCCACCCCCAGGGGCAGGCAGAUCUGAGAAGCGUGGACGGGGUCAGCAAGGCCUCCUCCAACCCCUCACCUCAGUGCGAGGUGAGGGGGAGCAGCCGUUGCCCCGGAAGACGACCGUAUCGCUGAGCUGUGGAGCAGGGCCGCUGCAGGUGAUCCUGGGCCCAGAGCAAGCCACGGUGCUAGACUGCGGUCUGGGGGCGGCUACUGCAGGACAACCCCCCAGCGUCACAUGGAGCAAGGAUGGAGGCGUCCUGCCCGAGCACAGCGACCUUCGCCUGCUACCCAAUGGCUCCCUGUGGCUGUCCCAGCUGCCAGCUCCUGACGGCACUGACCCUGGGGCUUCAGAGGUCAUUGAGGGCAGCUAUUCCUGCCUGGCCCGCAGCCCCGCUGGAGUGGUGGCCAGCCAGGCUGCGGUGGUCAAGCUUGCCACACUUGCAGGCUUCUCCCUGCACCCGCAGUCUCAGACGGUGGAGGAGAACGGGACCGCUCGGUUUCAGUGCCACAUCGAAGGGCUGCCAGCACCUGUCAUUACUUGGGAGAAGGACCAGGUGACGGUGCCUGAGGAGCCUCGGCUCAUCACCCUUCCCAAUGGGGUCCUCCAGAUCCUGGACGUUCAGGAAGGUGAUGCAGGCUCCUACCGCUGCGUGGCCACCAACUCAGCAAACCAGCGCUUCAGCCACGAGGCCCUCCUCCGCGUGGCCCACAGAGGGUCCCUGGCAUCCAUCGGGGGGCAGGACGUGGUCAUUGUGGCAGCCCCGGAGAACACCACCGUGGUUUCUGGCCAGAGUGUGGUGAUGGAGUGUGUGGCCUCUGCUGACCCCACCCCUUUCGUGUCCUGGGUCCGACAGGAUGGGAAGCCCAUCUCCACCGAUGUCAUCGUCCUGGGCCGCACCAACCUACUAAUCACCAGCGCGCAGCCCCGGCACUCCGGCGUCUACGUCUGCCGAGCUAACAAGCCCCGCACGCGCGACUUCGCAACCGCAGCCGCAGAGCUCCGCGUGCUGGCCGCCCCUGUCAUCUCGCAGGCGCCGGAGGCGCUGUCGCGGACGCGGGCGAGCACCGCGCGCUUCGUGUGCCGCGCGUCCGGGGAGCCGCGGCCCACGCUGCGCUGGCUUCACGACGGAGAGCCGCUGCGGCCCAACGGGCGCGUCAAGGUGCAGGGCGGCGGCGGCAGCCUGGUCAUCACGCAGAUCGGCCUGCAGGACGCCGGCUACUACCAGUGCGUGGCCGAGAAUGGCGCGGGCACAGCGUGCGCCGCCGCGCCUCUGGCUGUAGUGGUGCGCGAGGGGCUGCCCAGCGCCCCCACGCGGGUCACCGCCACACCGCUGAGCAGCUCCGCCGUUCUGGUGGCCUGGGAGCGGCCCGAGCUGCACAGCGAGCAGAUCAUCGGCUUCUCCCUCCACUACCAGAAGGCACGGGGCAUGGACAACGUGGAAUACCAGUUUGCAGUGAACAAUGACACCACUGAGCUACAGGUUCGGGACCUGGAACCCAACACAGACUAUGAGUUCUACGUGGUGGCCUACUCGCAGCUGGGGGCCAGCCGCACCUCCACCCCAGCACUGGUCCACACACUGGAUGAUGUCCCCAGUGCAGCGCCCCAGCUCUCCCUGUCCAGCCCCAACCCCUCGGACGUCAGGGUGGUGUGGCUGCCCCUGCCCCCCAGCCUGAGCAAUGGGCAGGUGGUGAAGUACAAGAUAGAGUACGGUUUGGGAAAGGAAGAUCAGAUUUUCUCCACCGAGGUGCCAGGGAACGAGACACAGUUUACACUGAACUCGCUUCAGCCCAACAAGGUGUAUCGAGUGCGGAUUUCGGCCGGCACAGGGACCGGCUAUGGGGCCCCCUCCCAGUGGAUGCAGCACAGGACGCCCAGUGUGCACAACCAGAGCCACGUCCCUUUUGCCCCUGCAGAGCUGAAGGUACGGGCAAGGAUGGAGUCCCUGGUCAUAUCAUGGCAGCCACCCCCUCACCCCGCUCAGAUCUCUGGCUACAAACUGUACUGGCGAGAGGUGGGGACAGAGGAGGAGGCAGAUGGCGAGGGCCCUCCAGGGGGCCGUGGAGACCAGGCUUGGGAUGUGGGGCCUGUCCGGCUCAAGAAGAAAGUGAAGCAGUAUGAGCUGACCCAGCUAGUCCCUGGCCAGCUGUACGAGGUGAAGCUCGUGGCAUUCAACAAACACGAGGAUGGCUAUGCGGCAGUGUGGAAGGGCAAGACGGAAAAGGCUCCCACCCCAGACCUGCCCAUCCAGAGAGGGCCACCCCUGCCCCCCGCCCAUGUCCAUGCGGAAUCAAACAGCUCCACAUCCAUUUGGCUUCGGUGGAAAAAACCAGACUUCACUACAGUCAAGAUUGUCAACUACACGGUGCGCUUCAGCCCCUGGGGGCUCAGGAAUGCCUCCCUGGUCACCUAUUACACCAGCUCUGGAGAAGACAUCCUCAUUGGCGGGCUGAAGCCAUUCACCAAAUAUGAGUUUGCGGUACAGUCCCACGGCGUGGACAUGGACGGGCCUUUCGGCUCCGUAGUGGAGCGCUCCACCUUGCCUGACCGGCCCUCCACGCCCCCAUCCGACCUGCGCCUGAGGCCCCUGACGCCGUCCACUGUUCGGCUGCACUGGUGCCCCCCCUCAGAGCCCAACGGCGAGAUCGUGGAGUAUCUGAUUCUCUACAGCAGCAACCGUACCCAGCCUGAGCACCAGUGGACCCUGCUCACCACCGAGGGAAACAUCUUCAGUGCUGAGGUCCACGGCCUCGAGAGCGACACUAGGUACUUCUUCAAGAUGGGAGCGCGCACGGAGGUGGGGCCUGGGCCCUUCUCUGGCCUGCAGGAUGUGAUUACUCUCCAGGAAAAGCUCUCAGACUCUUUGGACGUGCACUCCGUCACGGGCAUCAUCGUGGGCGUCUGCCUGGGCCUCCUCUGCCUCCUGGCCUGCAUGUGCGCUGGCCUGCGCCGUGGCCCCCACCGGGAAGCCCUCCCGGGCCUGUCCUCCACGGCCACUGCUGGGAACCCCACGCUGUACUCCCGAGCUCGUCUUGCCCCACCCAGCCCCCCGGCUGCCCAUGAACUGGAGUCCCUCGUGCACCCCCGUCCCCAGGAUUGGUCCCCACCGCCCUCAGACAUCGAGGACAGGGCUGAAGUGCACAGCCUUAUGGGUGGUGGCGGUCCUGACUGCCGGGGUCACUCCAAGAGAAAGAUCUCCUGGGCUCAGCACGGUGGGCUGAGCUGGGCAGGUUCCUGGGCGGGCUGUGAGCUGCCCCAGGCAGGCCCCAUGCCCUCUCUGACCCGGGCCCUGCUGCCCCCUGCCGGAACCGGGCAGACGCUGUUGCUGCAGGCUCUGGUGUAUGAUGCCAUAAAGGGCAAUGGGAGGAAGAAGCCGCCCCCAGCCUGCAGGAACCAGGUGGAGGCCGAAGUCAUUGUCCACUCUGACUUUAGCGCAUCCAAAGGGAACCCUGACCUCCACCUCCAAGACCAGGAACCUGAGGAUCCGCUGCCUUCAGAGGCUGCUGACCUCACUUUGGGUGUUAUGGAUCUCAGGCAAGGGGCAGACCGGCUGGACAGGGAGCUGGGAGGGUGUGAGCAGGCAAGCCCUGGGCCAGACAGACUUACCUGCCUGCCAGAGGCAGCCAGUGCUUCUUGCCCCUACCUGGACCUCCAGCCCAGUGAGGCUCUGCAGGAGGCCCCAGGGAACAGCUGCCAGCCAAAGGCCCCCUGCCCUCCGGCAGCCAGCCCAGGCCUGCCCAGAGCCCCAGUCUCCUCCUCUGCUUAGUUCCCUUGAGGGCACAGUUUGGGGCAGGCUGGUAUGGAUCAUGGGACAUGACACGUGUGACCACACAUGUACACGUGUCUGCCUGCAGGUACUGACCAUCAUCAAGCCAUUUGGAGCCUCCUAGGGUGCUUUGGCUCAGGGGAGAGGAAGAAGUGGAUUAUUCACUCUUCCCCAGCCAUGCUCUGUGACACGUGCGGUAGGCAAGAGACACGUGAAGCACAGCUAUACGUGCUGUACACGUGUGAAGCGCGUGUGCGUGUGCUGGUUGGUGAGCUGGGAAACCUUGGCCGGGGCAGUGGUCACUACGGCCUACUCCAUCCUCCAGGUCAGGACAGUGCCCAGCCCUGUGGGCCCCCACCUCUGUCACCCAGCCUUUUAUUACACACUCUGAGAGUGUCUCCAGUGCCCUGUCUGACAGAGAUAGCCCCAGCCCACUUCCUGUCUGGCUGGGCUGAGUGCAAGCGGGCUCUGAAUGCCUAACGCUUUAGCUGCAUCACCUCUGCCAUGUCCCCGGUGCCCAAGUUGAGAGGGUGAUUCUGGCUCCCCUCAGAGCAACUCUGCAUCUAGUGUUGGAAUUGGGCAAGUGCCUGGUUUUGAAAAUCUGCUUUCUCUUGCUCUCCCCUCCUUCCUCCCCGCUCACUCCUCCACUGUCUGUCUCCCAGUCCCCCUGCUCUCCCAAUCCUAUAGUGCCCUUCUCUUCCUCCCUGAUAUCCUUUCCUUUCCUCUCUGCGCUUUCUCUGUCUCCGCUUUCCGUCUGUCUCUGCUGUCUCUCCCACCUCUCCCACACUGUGUCAUGUGGUUCUCCUGCCUGGGUUCAAUCUCUGCAUCCUUUCCUAACAACAUGACUACCUCAUGUCUGUUCAAGGCCAGAGCGUGACUCCUGUGUCUGCCAUUCACUUCAGCCAUCAUCCUCCCACCCCCUUCCCAUCUGUGCCUCCAUAGGCCCCCUCGCCAGGCAAACUGCCUACCCCCAGUGCAGGUUUGGAAAAGACGUUUCAGCUUCCCUUGCAUCUUUCUGCCUGUGAUUGAGAUCGGAGGGUUCUCCUUGGAGGGGAUAAAUGCAAGUCAUACAAGCGGGUUUUUGAGACAAGGAAAGGAGAACACGACCCAGAUGCUUGGGGUAGAAUUACUCCCUCCCUUCUAGGAAGGCAGGCAGAUUUGCUGGAUGGAGGGGUUUGGGGACCUUCAACCUCCCAGUUGAAGCUAGAAGGGUAGAAGGGGAUGGAAAUUAGGGGUUCCAUGGCCCCACCGCUUCCCAUUCUGCGCACCUUGAACAUGAGCUGACGGCAUGGAGGUGGAAGGAAUCGCAUCCUCUUGUGGUACUGGAAGGGAGGGCUUCACACAGGACAAGGGUGAUGGGCUCAUUUCAUUUUGUCUUUUCUUUAAAUUCAAUCCUGAAGUCAUUUUCUGUUGACCCACCACACAGGGACAAGCUUGACUUCUGUUUCCUGUGGAGAGAAAACAAGGUCAUUUAUUUGAUUUUGCACCUCAGCCUCUCAUAGGAGCAUCGAGUAUGCGG